AACUUCCAACAACCUUAGAUAUCUUCUUAGAUGGGUUAUCACUUGAUCGUCUCUCUGAAGUAACUUCUGGAGUGGAAAUAUUUGAGGAUUCCGACGCCUCUUGUGAUGCUGUAUCAGCUUUGCUCAACCUUUUAAUGCUCUCAUUAUGUUCGAAUGGGAGUUCUAGCAAAAAUGGUCAAAG